AUUGUGAACAACCUGUGUGCAACAAAUCAACAUCAUGCUCUCGUUUUGCCCCAGAAACAUCGAAAGGAUGGAAGGCUGGUUUCAAAGUGGCUUCCUGUCGAAAAUGCUGCGAACAACAAGAACAGCGCGAAGAAAUCGCUGUUAAGGAGCAAUCAAAAUCAACACCGCAAAAGCCGGUUAAAAUAAGAAAAACGAAAAGAACAAG